AUGGCAGGUGAAGAUUGGAUAGAGCUCAAGUUUAGACUCGCUGAUGGCACUGACAUAGGUCCCAUCAACUACAAUCAAUCUAUGAUUGUUUCUUCUCUCAAAGAGAAGAUCAUCUCUCAAUCGUCUAAAGCCUCAGACAACAUUCAUAAGACUGUAAAUGAUGUGAAGCUCAUCAAUGCUGGAAAAUACUUGACAACAAUAGGACACUUGCUGAAUUCAGACUCCCCGUUGGUGAACUUCCUGGAAUGA